AUGUGGACUAAUGAAUUUGGUGACGAAGCCAACCAGGCAGCAAUGAUCAGGGCAAUGCGUAGCAUUGGUUGCAGAUCUCAGGCUGAAGAUGUUUCUAGUACCAGCAGAAAAUACUUUGUAACGGAAGCUCGUGCAAUGGCUUCGGAGUCUCCAGACAGAGAACUUUCACAGCUCGAUCAUUACUGCAACAAAGAUUCUAUAAGCGACCAGAGUUUGAGAAAGAAAGUCAUGCUCGUGCGUUUGACGAUUUGUCUUUUGGCUGUAGCGUUAUAUUACGUCUCCGCUGCUCCAUUUUCUCCAUUGCACAAGCGUGCAGCAAGAGUCUCGGCUCGUGCGCCGUCGAGAUUUCGCCGACUGGCCAAGGACGUCGUGUUUGACGGAUGUUUUGGAGGUACACUAGGAGACGUGGUGCAGAACAGUUUCCACGAAGUCGUCGAUUACAACACGAACGCCAUCUGCUCGGACAAGUGCAAGGAAUUGGGCUCGGCAGUCGCAUUCAGCCGCAACUCGUCUUGUUAUUGUGGCGAUGAUUAUCCUCUUCCAGUUCUAGAACAGCCGGACAAUAUCAAUGCUACAGGUCUGCAUGGCAACUGCAGCUACUGGUGCCCUGGAGCACUAAGCGACAACAGAUCAAAAAGCUGCAGCGGUGAAUAUUGUUGUGGAGGACCUUCCGCCUAUUCUGUGUAUCUCGUGGGAGAAACUGAUGUUUUGAGAAUUCUUGUGCAGCGCAUUAUGUCAAACCUUGUCAAGAAUAAUUACACAAUAGCUAAAGAACUUGUCAAAACAGCCAAGGAUAAGAACGUUGGACUUAAUAAGCAAGCGCUCCAAAGCUCGACAUAUGAAAAUUUCGACGCAAGGAACGCCAAUGAUGGAGAUCUCAACACUUAUUCGCACACAAACCAAGACGAUAACCCAUGGUUGAUAUUCGACUUGGGAGCCGACUACGAGGCUUCGAAAUUUUUAUGUCCAAGCGCUCGAUAUUAA